AUCUUCUUGAGCCGAUUUCUGGAUUCUCCUCCACCACAAUUUACCUUCUUAUAAACUCCUUCCACCGAUCAUUUUUUAUUAUUUAUUUAUCACAAAUCCUCUUCUCUCUAAAACUUCUCACAUAGAGCAAGAGCAAUAUCAAUACAUAAAAACAAAGAAUAUGACCAAGAACAAGAAGGAAGUGAAUAUCGAGACAAGGAAAGGGUCCACGAUGGAUGAGUGGCCUGAGCCAAUCGUAAGAGUCCAGUCCUUAGCCGAGAGCAACCUCUCCUCUCUCCCCGACCGCUACAUCAAACCAGCAUCUCAACGUCCCACCACGAUAGAGGAGGCUCCUGCCGCGACCAACAUACCAAUCAUUGACCUUGAAGGACUCUUCUUGGAAGACGGGUCGCCAGACGAGGCCAUCAUGGCUCAGAUAUCGGAGGCUUGCCGUGAGUGGGGAUUCUUCCAGGUGUUGAACCAUGGUGUGAGGCCAGAGCUGAUGGACGCGGCUAGGGAGAAUUGGAGAGAGUUUUUCCACUUGCCGGUUAAUGAGAAGGAGACUCAUAGAAACUCACCAAAAACCUAUGAAGGAUAUGGAAGCAGACUAGGAGUUGAGAAAGGAGCCAUUCUUGACUGGAGUGAUUAUUACUUUCUCCAUCUUCUUCCUCCUCAUUUGAAAGACUUCAACAAGUGGCCUUCUUUUCCUCCCACCAUUAGAGAAGUGAUCGAUGAGUAUGGCAAGGAAGUAGUGAACCUAUGCGGGAGAAUCAUGAAGGUUUUAUCGUUAAACUUAGGAUUAAAGGAGGAAAAGUUUCAAGAUGCGUUUGGAGGUGAAAACAUAGGAGCGUGUUUGAGAGUUAAUUAUUAUCCAAAAUGCCCUCGACCAGAGCUGGCUCUAGGUCUCUCUUCCCACUCCGAUCCUGGCGGUAUGACCAUUCUGUUACCGGACGAUCAAGUCUUCGGUCUUCAAGUCCGUAAAAAUGACAUGUGGAUCACCGUCAAGCCUCAUCCUCAUGCGUUCAUCGUUAAUAUCGGUGAUCAAAUUCAGAUACUAAGCAACUCAGCAUACAAGAGUGUGGAGCAUAGAGUGAUAGUGAACUCGGAGAAAGAGAGAGUUUCGCUUGCUUUCUUCUACAAUCCUAAAAGCGAUAUACCAAUCCAACCAUUACAAGAACUUGUAUCCACUCAUAAUCCUCCUUUAUAUCCUCCAAUGACCUUUGAUCAAUAUAGACUCUUUAUCAGAACUCAAGGUCCACAAGGCAAAUCUCAUGUUGAGUCUCAUGUUUCUCCUCGUUAAUUGUUUUCUCUUCCUAUAAAGAAAAUUAGAUGUUUUGGUUUGUUUCAUGAUUUAUAUCUGACUUGUAUGUGUAAAAUCUUUCAGGAUCUGAUUUACCUUCGAGUAAAUAAAUAUUGAAUGAGAUA